UUACCAGAGAGUUUAUAGUGUUGUUACCACAAUUAAUUGUUUUUUGGUAUCGAUACUAACUCCAAAAAGGAAAAGCGUCGGUUAUCCCGACCCUCCCACCUCCCUCAUCCGCUGUCGUCCUGUCAAAUCCUCGCCGGCAGGCCAGGCAAGCGCAUGAAGUAUCAAGGCGAAACUCUCUCAACCUUGCAGCAACGACCGUGCCGUUGAUAGACGAUUGUGAAUGGGGUGUAACCAUUCACAAGCUUGCAUAGAUAGUUGAAAGGCCAGUGUUAGCCUACUACAGUUGGGCAAGUAGAUCUACUGAGUAAGGGCUUCUGCAGCAGAUUGAAUUUGCAAGUUUUGCUGAAAAGGUUUAUCAAAUUAAAAGGCGCAACCAUGUCGGACGACAGACUUGGACAACAUCAUCAUCAUCAGCAUGAUCAGGCUCAUCAGACCUUUGAGCCGCCAAAAUCAUUGUCUGCCACGUCUCACGUGAAAGACUUUCAGGAGUACCAGCGAAUGUACAAGCAGUCGGUGGGAGAUCCAGAGGCAUUCUGGGGACAAAUCGCGGAACAGUUUCAUUGGGAAUCUCCACCUGAUGGCGCUUUCGUGAAUUACAAUUUUGACACCCGAAAAGGAUCAAUUUUCAUCAAAUGGAUGGAAGGGGCCAAAACCAAUAUUGCUUACAACAUGUUGGAUAGAAAUGUGAAAAAUGGCCUAGGGAACAAAAUUGCAUUUUACUGGGAAGGCAAUGAUCCACUUGACCAAGGCAAGAUAACAUACUCAGAAAUGUUGGAAAGUGUCUGCAAGUUUUCAAACGUCUUGAAGAGUUUAGGUGUGAAGCGUGGAGACAGAGUUGCCAUUUACAUGCCUAUGAUUGUUGAGCUGGUUGUUGCUAUGCUUGCUUGUGCUCGCAUUGGGGCUGUUCAUUCCAUUGUGUUUGCUGGGUUCUCUUCUGAAUCUCUCAGUGAAAGAAUAAUUGAUGCCAACUGCUAUGCAAUUGUAACGGCAGAUGGUGUGUGGAGAGGAUCGAAGCUGCUUAAUUUGAAAUCCAUUGUAGACAAGGCUCUUGAAAUAUGCAAAGAAAAGGGGAAACCUGUGAACAAGUGCGUUGUGGUGCGCCAUCUGAGCCCCGACGAGGAAGAGGUGACCAGUGAAGCAGACAAAGAUGUGGAGGACUGUCCCGUUGCCAAACGUCCUUGUGGUAAACUCAAAAUUGGCUGGCAGAAUGGCAGAGACGAGUGGUGGCAUGUUCUCAUGAGCCAGGCAAGCAAAGACUGCGCCCCGGAGUGGCUGGAUGCGGAGGACCCGCUGUUUAUGUUGUACACAAGCGGCUCUACAGGCAAGCCCAAGGGUGUGCUGCACACAGUAGCAGGCUACAUGCUCUACUCAGCCACCACCUUCAAAUACGUCUUCGAUUACCAACCAGACGACGUUUAUUGGUGCACAGCUGAUGUCGGAUGGAUUACGGGGCAUUCCUACGUGUGCUACGGACCCAUGGGGAAUGGUGCAACAGGUGUCAUUUUCGAAGGCACUCCAUUCUACCCUGACGCCGGUCGGUUUUGGAAUGUGGUGGAGAAGUAUAAAGUGACCAAGUUCUACACUGCUCCAACUGCAAUCCGCUCCCUGAUGAAGUUUGAUGACUCUUUUGUCACCAAAUAUGACCGUUCUUCCCUGAAAGUGCUGGGCACGGUGGGCGAGCCCAUCAACCCCGAGGCCUGGCUAUGGUAUCACCGUGUGGUGGGCCAGGAGAACUGUGCCAUAGUGGACACCUUCUGGCAAACAGAGACGGGUGGUCACGUCAUUACACCUUUGCCAGGUGCCACUGCCACAAAACCAGGAUCUGCAACGUUUCCAUUCUUCGGCAUUGUUCCUGCUCUUCUCACCGAUGAUGGCCGGGAAAUCACCGGACCUGGUGAGGGCUAUUUGGUGUUCAAGCAGCCCUGGCCUGGAAUAAUGAGGACCGUCUUUGGAAAUCACGAGAGAUUUGAGACGACUUACUUCAAGAAGUUCCCAGGCUAUUACUGCACUGGAGAUGGGGCCAAAAGUGACGAGGACGGCUACCUGUGGAUCACGGGCCGCAUCGACGACAUGGUGAACGUGUCGGGCCAUCUGCUGAGCACGGCGGAGGUGGAGUCUGCGCUGAUUGAGCACGACGCUGUGGCUGAGGCCGCCUCUGUGUCGCACCCUCACAACAUCAAGGGCGAGUGCAUCUACUGCUUCGUCACGCUCAAAGAGGGUGCGACUUUCUCAGAUAAUCUGGUUGUGGAACUGAAAUCGAUGGUACGGUCAAAGAUUGGCCCUUUUGCUCAGCCUGAUUACAUCCAGAAUGCACCAGCUCUUCCCAAGACGAGAUCGGGGAAGAUUAUGCGCCGUAUCCUCCGCAAAGUCGCCGUGAACGACCACGAGCUGGGCGACACCUCCACACUGGCCGACGAGUCUGUCAUCGAUACUCUGUUCAAGCUGAGGCCAGCAGAGGCCUAAGUUUUUUCCUGAUAGUGCCGUUGGUUGAAAUUGAUUCCCACUUUGGUUCCCCCCCCCCCCCCUUUUUUUUUUAGUAAUCAGAGGAACAAUACGCAAUAAAUUGUUGUAGCGUUGUGAAGAAGCAUGAUUUCAAUCAUUUCUGUCGGUCAUGAGUAUAAUUCUUGUACAUUAUGCAAAGCAUGAUCAUAGUUAUUUUGGGGUUUUUUCUGUAAGAUUUUGGUAUGACUUGGUCGAGACUUUGUUGGCUUCUGUUGGUUCUUUUUUUUCCUUUGUUCUAUAUUUUGUUAUACCAUUUAGCAGCAUGAUUGUGAAGUGGGUCAACUUUUGAUUUUUGAUAGAUUUUCAGCUUGGAUUAACUACAAUUUUUAAAUUGUUACUUUUGAUAAUUCAUUGAUAGAUAGAACUUGAAUGAUAACAUGUCCAGUAGAGUAGAGGCUUGUACAUAAUUGAUGCUUGUGAAGG